AUGCUUAGUGUGCAAACACUUGUGCUACUGGUUACAGUGCUGAUAGAUGCCAUACUGAGAAAUGGAGGCAGUGCGUCCCAAGAAACGAACCACGUGCCUCCGCCCACAGGCUGGAGGGAUGAGGACAUUGGAAACCAAGAAACAAGGAAUACGAAUCAUGAUGAAAAGAAGACUUACACUGAGGAUCAGCGACAAGGUGUUUUCAGAAUAAAGAAUUGCAAGGACUUCUAUGAAAUCCUGGGUGUUGACAAAAGUGCCAGUGAUGAAGAUCUGAAGAAGGCGUACAGGAAGUUGGCUCUGAAGUUUCACCCAGACAAAAACUUUGCCCCAGGGGCCACAGAUGCAUUCAAAGCCAUUGGUAAUGCAUAUGCAGUGCUUAGUAACCCAGAGAAGAGGCAGCAGUACGAUCAAUACGGAGAACAGAGUCCGACCUCAAGCGUACCCCAUCGCUCUGGCAACAGCCGGCCCGGACACUACCGGAACUUUUACAGAGACUUUGAGGCCGACAUUUCCCCCGAGGAGCUCUUCAACAUUUUCUUUGGUGGAAGGUUUCCCACAGGAAACGUUCACGUAUACACCAACCAGGGCGCCUCCUACUCUCAGUUCUACCAGCCUCGUCGGCAGCGGGCUCACGAAAGGCGGGAGGAGGUGGUGGAGGAAAACCAGAGUCAGAACACCUUCACAGCUCUUCUGCAGCUUCUGCCUGUGCUGGUGUUGAUCCUCAUAUCAGUCUUUACUCAGAUGAUGGCAACUAACCCGCCCUACAGUCUCUUUUACAAGCCGGCGAUGGGACUGGUGGUGUCCAGAGAAACACAACACAUGGGUGUACCGUACUAUGUGGACAAAAGUUUUCAGAAAGAGUACCGCGGGGCAGCACUGGAGGAGCUAGAGAAGAGCAUCGAGAGCGAUUAUAUCGAACACUUGCAGAGCAGCUGCUGGAAGGAGAAGCAGCAAAAGUCAGACUUGGCAAACUUGGGGCAGCUUUACCGAGACGAGCGGUUAAAGCAGAAGGCAGAGUCCAUGAGGCUGGACAACUGUGAGAAGCUGCAGCGAUUGGUCGGCCGCCUGAGAGUCAAAUGAGGACAGUUUGAGAGGAGGAAACGUUUCUUUAGCGAAGUGUGUAAUUUACCCAUUCUGGCCACUUUGUUGCGACAUGUCUUUGGGGACGGUGCAGACAAUGGGAGAUUGCACUUCUGAAAACAACGUGCCUUCUCUUUGUCGUUAGGAACAUAAGGAGUUGCACUGUGGCGUUAGCAGCAGGGAGUGGAAACACGUUCUGGCAGGGUGUAUGGUGUCUCACAGCCUUCAAACUUUCUUAUAGAAAUGGCAUGACAUAUGCAGUCUCCCCUUGGGGCUACAAAGGCAGUUGUAUGUUUGGGACAUACAUGUUUUAUCUGUUUAGGUUUUGUGUUUUCCUGCGUCUUUGUUGAAAUGUUUGAUGUAUUUAUUUGGUAGAUAACAGGGUGAAUGUUCGUGAGGAUUUUCCAGUAGGAAAUUAGUACAGAGACCUAAAUAAUACUGCAGUGUUUGGACAAAUCAGCUCAUAUUUCUUGUGAAAUUAUGAAGGACCUUUUAGGUGUUUAAAACCAAGACAGUUAAAGCUUCUGCAAGGAAUCUUAGUCUUCCUUGCCCCCAUAAGCACUACUGGUACUGGUGGCUGUGUAAGGAUUAUUUGCAGCUCCUUUGGAGGUUGCAUUUAAACAGUCUUGUUUAUCUGAAAUUUCAGAUUGAUUUAUGCUCCAACAUAAUGUUUCCUGAUCAUUAGGAGCUCAUAUGAUGGCAGUAUGCACAAAGCUAAUAUUUGAAAUUGCACACAGUGCUUUGCAGAAGUAGUCAUAGUAAAAUUACAAUUUGUCACACUGCAACCACAAACUGGAAUUCUAAUCAGAUUUAAAUGAUAGACCAACACACAGUAGUGCAUAUUUGAGAAAAAAGCAGAAAAAUUAUACAUGGUAAUGCUUUGGGGUUUUUUAAAAUAAUUGAACCAAAAUUGAUUGAUAGAUUUUUUUUUUUUUUUCAUAAUAUUGUUGAAAAUUUGGUGGGUAUACUCAUUCAGCUGUCAUGAGUCAAUACUGUGCACCAUAUGGUUUGUCUUUUUUCUUUGUGAAACGGUUCAGUCCCAGUCCAAUUGGAUGACGAGCGUCUGUGAAAAAUCAGUUUCCAUGUUUUGUCACAGAUUCUCUUCUAAUUUAGAUAUGCACUUUGACUGAGCCACUCAGAGUAUGUUUAGAUUCAAUUUUAGAAUGAAAAAUUAACUUCCACCUCAGUUUCAAGUCUUUGCAGCCUUUAAUAGGUUUUCUUCCAGGACUGGCCUGUAUUCAGCUCAAUCCACCAGAGAAAACCAUUCCUGCAACAUGCCAUCAGCAUGUUUCACCAUGGAAAAGUUGUGUUUGGGGUGAUAUGCAGUGUUAGUCUUCUUCCAUAAAGCCAUUUGCCAUGUUGUCGUGUUCGCUGUGUUGCCUACAUGACUCCUGGCAAACUUGAAAUGGGACUUCUCAUGGAUUUUUGCACAGCUAGUUGUCCUAUCAACAGAUUUUCCUCCCAGAGCUGUGAAGCUCCUCCAGAGUUCCCAUGGAGCUCUUCUCUGUUUAGGUAGAGCGUCUUGUCUUCGUAGGUUUACAAACUCUGUGCUUUCAAUUGAUGAGCUGAACACUUCUGUUUUUCAAAUGGACAUCGUUUUACAUCGUAACCCUGAUUUAGUUAGGCGUGCUCCUUGGUCUUCAUGAUGCGUUUGGUCGCUAAUAUUCCUUAGCAGAUCGCUGAGGCCUUCACUGAACAACUGUAGAUGCACUCAGGUUACAUUACGCACAGGGACACUCAUUCAGAUUACACUAGAUUUGUUUAGGGGCAUUAAAAAAAAAAAAUCACUGAAAACAAAUGCAUGCGUCUGUCUGAAAUAAACAUUUCAGAUGCUUAUUUGUGUUUCGUUCCACUUCACAAUUAUUUACUGCUUUGUGUCGGUCUGUCACAUAGAGGUACAUUAAAGUUUGUGGUUGAAAUUUGACAACUGCGGCAUCAAUACUUUUGCAAGCACUAUAUUAUUAUAAAUAUACAAAGAUUUAUUUUCUUUUCACAAAAAGGCUUAACCAUCUAAAAGUGUUUUCUAAAUCCAGUCUCCCUAUUUUGUACAGAUCUUUUAUAAAGGAGAAAUUAAUUAAUAUAACCAGAUGGGCCUAAAACUCCUCUUUUUUUUAACUAGAUGAAACCAAUUUCAUAUUGUGGACAUUUGGGGUGUUAUAAUCUUACUAAAUAUUAUGCUGACAUUGUCCAAAUCUCUUUUGCGAUAUUAAUACAAAAUCAUUCUUCCCUAUAGCUGAAAGUCUGAUUUGUUGCCAUGCACUGCGCUUACCAGACUGCCUUAGCUGUUGUACUUCUGAAAUAUUCAGGUUCAUCUUGAGCACUUUUAAGUUAAAUCAUCUUUUUUUUUUUUUUUGUUCCAUACUGUGACAAUUGCAUGAAACCCAGAAGUUGUUUUUUUUAUUUUAUUUUAUUUUCUAUUGCAUAUUUAUUAUUUGACUAUAAAUGUAAAUGAAGCAGAAUAUUCAGGUUCACGCUGUUAUCUUACAACACUUAAAUCCUUAACUGUGACAGAAAACACAAGCUAGGUUUCAAAUGUAUAACCACAAGUUAUGUUGCUGAAUUGACUGUAAGCUGUCGGCCAAAAAUACAUGAAAAUUAAACCUGUAACCAGUA